AGUUUAGGGCACAUCCAUGGAUCGUCUUCGGACUUGCUAAACGCAUCGCACCGUGUCUGUUGCGACGGAGGAAGAGUCCGCGGAGUUGGGGGGAGUCGCACCGUUGCCGACUACUGUCGCUCGCCCUUUUCAAAUCACUGCCAGAGACUGCGAUCGGCCGAGGAUUCUUCUAAAGUUGGAGAUUCCGCUGGAGAUUUUGCGCUUGGUUUUAGCCCCCUCUCCGUUGCGGUCUGGGCCCUUCUCCUCCCCCCCACCCCUGAACUACUGGCUGACACGGGAGGGGAUCGGGGUUCGGGGGGCACCAUGUUCCAACCCACCCCAAAAAGGUGCUUUACUAUCGAGUCCUUGGUGGCCAAAGACAGUCCCUUGCCAGUCUCCCGUUCCGAAGAGCCAAUCCGACCGGCCGCCCUCAGCUAUGCCAACUCGGCCCCCAUGAACCCCUUCCUCAACGGCUUCCACCCUACGGGCAGGGGGGUCUAUUCCAACCCGGACUUGGUCUUCGCAGAGGCCGUUUCUCACCCACCCAACCCGGCAGUCCCUGUGCACCCUGUGCCCCCACCCCAUGCCCUGGCAGCGCACCCCCUGCCCACCUCUCACUCCCCGCACCCCCUUUUUGCAUCUCAGCAACGGGACCCCUCAACUUUCUACCCUUGGUUAAUACAUCGGUACCGGUACCUGGGACACAGAUUCCAAGGGAACGACACAAGUGCGGAGAGUUUCCUCCUACACAAUGCACUGGCCCGGAAACCCAAACGGAUCCGCACAGCCUUCUCCCCGUCUCAGUUACUGCGCCUGGAACACGCCUUCGAGAAGAACCACUACGUUGUGGGCGCAGAAAGGAAACAGUUGGCGCACAGUCUCAGCCUCACCGAGACCCAGGUAAAAGUUUGGUUUCAGAACAGAAGGACAAAGUUCAAACGGCAGAAACUGGAGGAAGAGGGUUCCGACUCGUCGCAGAAGAAAAAAGGGGCCCAUCACAUCAACCGAUGGAGGCUCGCCACCAAGCAGGCCAGUCCGGAGGAGAUCGACGUCACCUCGGACGAUUAACCAUUAAGCACUUGGGACUUCCACAGACUUUUGCUUUCAAUUAACUUUCAAACGAAGAAAAUCCUAAAAGUGUUUGAGCUCCCAGGGAGUCGGGCCGGACUGAGCUCAGAACCAGAACUCGCAAGGCGGAAAGCGGAGAAGACGGGCAGCCCCCCCCCCCGGAGUGGCCUGGGCUUCAAGGUCAACCAGCAGGGGCCAAGGUCACCCACAGGUAUUCAGUGAAUAAGGACUGCGUUAUCGUAUCGCAAGAUUUCGUUCUUUUGCACUUCCAACAUUUCUUUUUCAAAAUGACCCCCCCAAACAGCCAGAACCCACCAAACAUGAUAGAAAAAAACCUUUUUUAUUAUUAUUAUUCCAUAAAACUUGAAAUGCAUGACAAAUCGCCACAUAGGUGGGUUUAUAUGGCUGCACAACCUCCAUAAAACAACCCCCCCCCUCCUAAUUUAAAAGUAGUUGUUUCGGCAUUAGUAUGCCCUUCCCUGCUGGCAGAGAUCACCGCUCACCCUUUCGGCGGGGGCGGGGCCAUCUUCCUACAGAUUCCUGACGUCAUGAAGGGUAACUUUUUGGUGCAAUAAGAUGACUGAAAACGCAGUUUGGCAGCAACUGAAAUCUUUGCACAUAAAGACUGCGCCAACCAUGGAAUUGUCGGUGCUGGGGAGGGUGAAAGGGUUAAUGUAGGAGAUCAGGAAUGUGAAUUUGCUCCCAAAAUAAUUCGCCAUUUUAUUGAUUAUACAGAAAUCCCUGGGGGUUCCAGCUGUUCAGUUAAAAAACAAAAUAUUUUUAAUGCUGCAGAAAUAAACAGAGGGGAGUGUUUGUGCGGAUAUGAAGCAUUUCCCACGGUGUCUGGUGCUUUAACCCCCACAGACUCGUCGCAAGGAGUCGCCAAAAUGACGUUUUCGUGGAUCAUUUUGCAGAACUGAUCACUUUUUUGGACAGUAAUUCGGAAGCACUGAGAUCUUUCUUUUUUUCUGUUUCACAAUAGUAAAACGCUACUAAAUAUGGACAACAACAACAACAAUAUCCUAACGUUUCCCUAAUGUCUUCUAUUACCAGAUUGUACAUAUUUUUGUGUUUGUGUUAAUUUGUUAGAAUUCUAACACACUAUAUACUUCCAAGAAGUAUGGGAACUUGUCAAUAUUUUGUCAAUAAAGAUUUAUCCAAA